UUCCUUCUCCUUCAAAAGGAACCCUGUGAGGCUUGCAUUGAAUCUUUGCCACUUUGGUACCUCUGCAGCUGACUAACAACCUCUUUUCGAAGCAAUCUCCCCCCCUCCUCCCAGCUUUGGCCAUGCUGGCAUAGACGAUUCAAACUGGUAAACUUCCAGCCUCGAGGCAAGAAAAGUUUCGCGACGAUCGACCGCCGGGACUUCAAGGCAGCGAUCAUGAAUUGAAACGGUAUGGGGUUAGUUCUGUACAUCACGCAAUUGUCCCCCGCUCACAGACGGGAGACAUAAACGACGGUUGGGCAAAGGCGAUAACAGAACCUGCUUCAGACGGAUAUAGAGCAAGAUGUCGUUGAGAUUGUUUGGAAAGCAGGUAUCCGCUGGCUUGAUUGGCAGUGUCAGAAACUACCACUCAUUUUACCAUGUCAACCCUCCGAUUCUAGACAUGAGCACUGUGGAGAAUCAGGUUCUUGGCAAAGCCUAUGAAGAAUAUGUCCCGGAGCUCGGAUUCACGAAAGAAGCUGUUGAAAACGCCUCCUACGCUAUAGGUUUGAACGACAAUUCUGCAAACGCGUUGUUGAAUUUCACAAGUUCUUCUAAGAAUCUGGAGAUGGAGUUGAUAUUGUUCCAUUUGAAAAAGUGCAGACAGGAAUUGGAGAAUUUGAGUAAAACCGAAACUUUCCAGAAUAAGCUCAAAGACAUGACAGAAACGGAUAGACUCAGAUACCUGAUCAACAAGAGAUUGGCUAUGAACCAGCCAAUUCUAAAAUUCCUGCCAAGCGCUUUGGGACACAUGAUUCUACCAAGUAAUUUAGCAAAGUCGCUUGCGGAACUACAUAAUCUAUCCGACGAUAUUACAUACUACGCUGGAGAUAGGUCUACUGAUUUCAAGUGGUACUCGAAGAGAUUUUCUAUCAGUGGUUUGUUUAUCCAAAGUGAGUUAUUUAUGCUCACCGACACAACCAAGGAUCUCAGCGAUACAUCCAAAUUUGUCGACUCCAGGCUGCAGGAAAUCGACACGGCCGGUUACGUAUACAACUCCGUUGAGGAAUGGCUAUUCUUCAAUGCCGUCAGCACUGUAAAUAUUGUGAAAAGUCAGUUAGCCAGAGGUUAGCGGUGUAGUAUUUGUAUUAUCAAGUAUAAACGAGCUCCUUAUAAACAGAUAUGUCUUACGAAUCAUAAUCCUUGCUGCUGCUGUUGUAAGGCAAGCCUUUUCGACUGCAUGGUGGAUUGCGUUGCCUUUAUGUUUUUUUCCACCUUUUCUAUUUCCGACGUGAUGAAUUCUAAUCUCUUGCCCACGUUGUCUUCUGCCUCUUCUUUGUCUUGUUUGAGUAACACAGGCCCCACGAGCUUGUAUACGCUGGAAUCGGAAGACAAGCUCUCAAACUCCUUCUUGACAAUCUUGUUCUCCUGGAAUUGUGUUUCUAGUCUGGUUCUCGACUGGAUUAAGCCUUGCAGCGCUCUCUGUAGCUGUGUUAGUUCUUCCAUAGCCGACAUUGCAAACGGUUUGAGUUGUUUCAGAAGCAGAACAGUUUUUCA